GGGCCCAGACUUUGCUUGGCUGCGUGGCGGAGUGACGAAAGUGACUCCUGGGGUCGGUAUGAUGGCGGGGUAGGAAGCCGCGCCGGUUGCGCUCAGUAGGGGCAGUUUCCGCCUUGACUGUGGGUUGUUUACAAAGUGAAGGCCUGGCUCCACCGGAGGACAGGGGGACUUUCUGAAGAGGAGCGAGGACGCACACUGAGCGCUCCCGAGUGUGGUGAGCCUGCCCAGCAGACACCGGAGGAUGUUGGUGGUGGAGGUGGCGAACGGCCGCUCGCUGGUGUGGGGGGCCGAGGCGGUGCAGGCGCUGCGGGAGCGCCUGGGUGUCGGGGGCCGCACGGUGGGCGCCCUACCCCGCGGGCCCCGCCAGAACUCCCGCCUGGGCCUCCCGCUGCUGCUCAUGCCCGAGGAGGCGCGGCUCCUGGCCGAGAUCGGCGCCGUGACCCUAGUCAGCGCCCCGCGCCCCGAUCCCCGCCAGCACGAACUGGCUCUAGCAUCAUUCAAGCUCCAGCAAGACCAGAGCUUCCGGGAGCAAAGCGCGUUGGCCGCCAAGGCCCGGGAGACCCGGCGGCAGGAGCUCCAGGAGAAGAUAGCAGAAGGCCAGGCUGCCAAGAAGCAGAGGUUGGAGCCGGAUUCGGGGGCGGCUGGCGGGAGCCAGGCUGCGGAAGAGCAUGACUCCAGAGAUGGGCAGGCUUCUGGGGAGCAGGCGGGAACAGUCCUCUCCUCUUCCCAACCAGGACCUUCAAAUGAGGUGGCUCCGCUGCCCAGAUCGGCCCAGCUUGUGCAGCUGGCCACCGCCAGGCCUCGACCUGUCAAGGCUAGGCCUCUAGACUGGCGGGUCCAGUCCAAAGACUGGCCCCACGCGGGCCGCCCCGCCCACGAGCUUCGUUACAGCAUCUACAAAGACCUGUGGGAGCAUGGCUUUUUCCUCAGUGGUGCUGGCAAGUUUGGCGGUGACUUCCUGGUGUAUCCUGGUGACCCGCUCCGCUUCCAUGCCCACUACAUAGCUCAGUGCUGGGCCGCUGAAGACCCCAUCCCACUCCAAGAUCUGGUCUCUGCUGGCCGCCUUGGGACCAGUGUCAGAAAGACACUGCUGCUGUGCUCUCCUCAGCCUGACGGUAAGGUGGUCUAUACCUCCCUGCAGUGGGCCAGCCUGCAGUGAGCACCACCACCCAGGGCUCACACCUGAUCCUCAGCAAGAGCCUUCCCAGAUGGCCCAGACUCAUCUCUGCACUCACCUCUGCGUGGAGGUCAGCCUCCCUGAUUCCCUGUAUGUUGACCCUAGGGUUCGGAACACUACAGCUUUUUUAGGCUCAGCCUACUUCUAGGCACUAACUAAUUGGGCUGCUUUUGUAGUUUAUCUGUUUCCAAACUGUGAGCUUCUUCACAGAGGGUCUAGGUUUGACCCCUCUCUGUUUUGUACAGGGCUUAGAUCUCAAUGAAUUUUGUUGAAUAAAUGUCAAGUUUGUGAUUUU